GGAUCUGAUAUGUCAGCCCAAAGCUGGUCGCAUCGGGUAGUUGAACCGGAGUUUUGAGUCAUUAACCUGCAGUGGUCAAGAUCUUGAAGACCGGGGCAAGCCUGUCAUUGUGGCUUUCACUGUCGUUGGCUUCGCUGAUGGUUCUCAGGCAUUUGCAAACGGCGCCUUGUCCGACCCCUGCUUCCCUGCAAAAGGCCCUUAGUGAGCUGAAAUUUGCCGUUUCUCGGAAAGAAUGGCUAUCGGAAACUUAAUAUACAAAGGUAGUGUACCCUCCCGUAAGGUACGAGCCUUCCGGUAGCGCGGUCUCUAGGAUUUACGAACAACAACCGCCGCACUCCUCUCUACGUUUGGAGAAAAAUCGACUCUCGUGCACUUGAUAAGACGCUACGCAAGAUGGGGAUUUGGGAUGAGCUCCUCACGGAGAUGAUCGCGAAGGCUCCCGAUCCAGACGAGCCUCUUCCCUUUUCGAACCGCAAAGCAACCAUCUACGGCUCUACCAUCCCGUUUUUGAUUAUAUCCUGGGUAGCAGUCUUGUUCCGUUUCUGGGUUCGAUUCAGAGUUGUUCGAGAACCUGGUUGGGACGACGUUUUCGUUCUUUUAGCAGCUAUGUGCAAUACCGCAGCAACUAUAUGCGUAUGCUUCUCGGUUGAACAUGGACUCGGCCAACAUAUGUUGUAUCUCGGUUUGGAGAAUGUAGAGAGAUACCUGAUGUUUUUCUAUAUUGAACACAGCAUGUACCUGACCGAGACCUCCCUCAUCAAAAUUUCUCUUCUUCUGCAGUACCUCCGCAUCUUCAAAGCCGGUAUGAUGCGAUGGAUAUGCGUUACUCUGCUUGUUCUUGUCAGCAUCUGGGGUUUUGGGUUCUCCAUUGCCGGAUGGUUUUCAUGCAAUCCUAUUCGAGGAGCCUACAUUCGUACCCUUAAUGCCAAGUGCUACGGCUUCGGACUCGACAAUGUGGACGGCUUUGUUUCCAUGUUCAUAGCCCAGUCAUCCACGAACAUGGCCUUCGAUAUUGCGAUCUUCCUGACGCCGUUAGUGCUGUUCAAUACGCCGAACCUUAAGUGGAAAAACUUAGUCGGCAUGGUUGGUGUUUUCGCUUUUGGUGCCGUUGCCGUCGGUAUUUCGGUUUGGCGCCUGUGUUCAAUCGUAGUCACGCGUGCCGCCACUGUUCCCUACAUGGACUUUACCUGGUUCUCUCCAGUCCCAGUCGUCCUGUCCUGUCUCGAAGUCGACCUGGCGAUCAUCUGCGCCUCCAUGCCUAUCUUCUGGCCCGUUCUCCAGAAAUCGCUCUCCGCCAUCUUCGUCAGCUAUGAGGUUCAGAUCACAGAGGACCACGUUGAGGACCACGGUCUUGCAUACGAACUCGAACACAACAAGUCGGAGAGGCGAGGUAGCGUGAGGAGUUGUAGUGGGACAUCAACUGACGAACUGACGAAGGAAGAAGAGGGGUUUGAGUUGAAAGGUCAAUAUCCCAUGGGGGUGGAUCCAUUCGAGACGCGGGGUCCGCAGGUCAACAUCAAGAGUCAACCGAAGCCGGAACCGCAUUGGGAAAUAUAGGAAACAAC